AUGCCGUGUUUGGAUGAGGCAUGUGCUUUUGAGAAACAGAAGAAAAGUAGAUGGGGGUCUUCUCACAAGACUUUCAGAAUCAAGCGAUUCCUGGCCAAGAAACAAAAGCAAAAUCGUCCUAUUCCCCCAGCGAAUUUGGAUGAAACUGGUAACAAAGUCAGGUACAACUCUGAGCGAAUACACUGGAGAAUGAAGCUGGGUGUGUAA